AUGUUACUAAAAAUUUUAAUUUUGCUAACAACGUUAGUGUGUUAUGAGUGUACAUUAUUUUCGAGCUUUUGGGCGCCAUUGUUCAAUCCACGGAUUUUAAAUUAUAAAGUAGACAUACCAUUUAAUCCAGAUUCUGGCAAAAAAUUUAGAGACGAUUUUCAAAGUAAACAUGGAUUUAGAGGCGAAACAUUAAUCGCUAACUUGGGAAAUGGAAAAGGACCUGAAGGAUACUCACAAAAUAAGGAUCUUGGUGAUGUGAAGUUCUCAUAUACUUAUAAGAAUGCUGAUAAAAAUUCAAAAUAUAUAAGU